ACGUUGACGAUUAAGAAGAAGCUGGCGUGUUGGUGAAUGAAUGCUGGCAGCGUUGGAAUAUUUUGUCUGCUAGUUUUGUUAUUUAUUGCACGCCAUAACCAUUUUGUUUUACAAAACUAAAAAAAAAAAAAAAACAUGGCAGGAAGUGCUGGAGAGUGGUGUCUGAUGGAAAGUGACCCUGGAGUUUUCACAGAGCUGAUAAAAGGCUUUGGAUGCAAAGGAGCACAAGUUGAAGAAAUAUGGAGCAUGGAGCCAGAGAACUUUCAAAAUCUCAAACCAGUUCACGGCUUAAUAUUUCUCUUUAAAUGGCAACCUGGUGAGGAACCAGCUGGCUCCAUCGUACAGGACUCAAGACUCGACCAGAUCUUUUUUGCCAAGCAGGUAAUCAACAACGCUUGUGCGACCCAAGCAAUAGUCAGUGUACUACUAAACUGCUCUCAUCCUGACAUUCACCUUGGUGAAACACUGACAGAGUUCAGAGAGUUCUCACAAAGCUUUGAUGCUGCAAUGAAAGGCCUUGCUCUCAGUAACUCUGAAGUAAUUCGACAAGUUCACAACAGCUUUGCCAGGCAGCAGAUGUUCGAGUUUGAUGCAAAGUCAUCAGCAAAGGAUGAAGAUGCUUUCCAUUUUGUGAGCUACGUGCCUGUCAAUGGUAGACUCUAUGAAUUAGAUGGACUACGCGAAGGACCUAUUGACCUCGGCACUUGCAACCAGGAUGACUGGAUCAAUGCAGUUCGACCAGUUAUUGAGAAAAGAAUACAAAAAUACAGUGAGGGAGAAAUCCGUUUCAACUUAAUGGCCAUCGUGUCUGAUCGUAAGAUGAUUUAUGAGCGUAAAAUUACAGAGCUACAGACUCACUUAACAGAGGAAGAGCCAAUGGAUACAGACCAAAGUGCUAAUCUCCUGAGCUCCAUCCAGUCGGAGAUCGCCAAGUACCAGCUCCUGAUUGAGGAGGAGAACCAGAAAUUAAAAAAAUAUAAAAUUGAAAACAUCAGAAGAAAGCACAACUACCUCCCCUUCAUCAUGGAACUGUUGAAGACUCUUGCUGAAUAUCAGCAACUGAUGCCAUUGGUGGAAAAGGCCAAGGAAAAGCAAAGUGCCAAAAAGAUUCAAGAAGCAAAGUAGAAACAACAGACUUUACAGUACUUUGUGUAAUUUUUCACAAUAUUACUCAAUCUACUUUUGCCAUCUGUAACAAUAUUAAUGACACCUGGAAACUCAACUCAUGUGUGGCACUUAAUGUGAUGUUUAAGACUUCAUGUUUGCAUGCAGAAAGAUGUUGAAAUAAACCUGUCUUAUUUUCAUACAAGUGCUA